CAAUGGGAAAGUGAAACGCACAAGCGCACCCAACCUCUCCAGCCCUCCCCGCCCGCCUCGCUCCUCUCCGCCCGUCCCCUCCCUUCCCCUCCGCGCCUCCCCGCGAGCGCCAGCGCUGCACACAGGAACUCUCCGGCGAAGGAGGGCGAGGAGGAAACGGUGCCGGAGCGCGCAGGGCUUGCUGCCGCCGCCGCCGCUGCACAGGCUGCCGGAGCGAGCCCGCCGCGCGCCGCCCUCCCCGCUCUCCUUCCCGGGUGAGCUGCGGGGAUGGGGCGGCCGCGGGAGCCCGAGCGCGCGCAGGAACCGCCGCCGCCGCCGCCGCCCGCGUCUCCGUUGCCGCGCGCCUGAGCCGCCGUCGCCGCCGCGCGCCCUGCCCGGGGGCGGCCCCCCCAGCCCCAUGGAGGUCUCCCGGAGGAAGGCGCCGCCGCGCCCCCCGCGCCCCGCAGCGCCGCUGCCCCUGCUCGCCUAUCUGCUGGCACUGGCGACUCCCGGCCGGGGCGCGGACGAGCCCGUGUGGCGGUCAGAGCAAGCCAUCGGAGCCAUCGCAGCGAGCCGGGAGGACGGCGUGUUCGUGGCGAGCGGCAGCUGCCUGGACCAGCUGGACUACAGCCUGGAGCACAGCCUCUCGCGCCUGUACCGGGACCAAGCGGGCAACUGCACGGAGCCGGUCUCGCUGGCGCCCCCCGCGCGGCCCCGGCCCGGGAGCAGCUUCAGCAAGCUGCUGCUGCCCUACCGCGAGGGGGCGGCCGGCCUCGGGGGGCUGCUGCUCACCGGCUGGACCUUCGACCGGGGCGCCUGCGAGGUGCGGCCCCUGGGCAACCUGAGCCGCAGCUCCCUGCGCAACGGCACCGAGGUGGUGUCGUGCCACCCGCAAGGCUCGACGGCCGGCGUGGUGUACCGCGCGGGCCAGAACAACCGCUGGUACCUGGCGGUGGCCGCCACCUACGUGCUGCCUGAGCCAGAGACGGCGAGCCGCUGCAACCCCGCGGCAUCCGAUCACGACACCGCCAUCGCGCUCAAGGACACGGAGGGGCGCAGCCUGGCCACGCAGGAGCUGGGCCGCCUCAAGCUGUGCGAGGGCGCGGGCAGCCUGCACUUCGUAGACGCCUUUCUCUGGAACGGCAGCAUCUACUUCCCCUACUACCCCUACAACUACACGAGCGGCGCUGCCACCGGCUGGCCCAGCAUGGCGCGCAUCGCGCAGAGCACCGAGGUGCUGUUCCAGGGCCAGGCGUCCCUCGACUGCGGCCACGGCCACCCCGACGGCCGCCGCCUGCUCCUCUCCUCCAGCCUAGUGGAGGCCCUGGACGUCUGGGCGGGAGUGUUCAGCGCGGCCGCGGGAGAGGGCCAGGAGCGGCGCUCCCCCACCACCACGGCGCUCUGCCUCUUCAGGAUGAGUGAGAUCCAGGCGCGCGCCAAGAGGGUCAGCUGGGACUUCAAGACGGCCGAGAGCCACUGCAAAGAAGGGGAUCAGCCUGAAAGAGUCCAACCAAUCGCAUCAUCUACCUUGAUCCAUUCCGACCUGACAUCCGUUUAUGGCACCGUGGUAAUGAACAGGACUGUUUUAUUCUUGGGGACUGGAGAUGGCCAGUUACUUAAGGUUAUUCUUGGUGAGAAUUUGACUUCAAAUUGUCCAGAGGUUAUCUAUGAAAUUAAAGAAGAGACACCUGUUUUCUACAAACUUGUUCCUCAUCCUGUGAAGAAUAUCUACAUUUAUCUAACAGCUGGGAAAGAGGUGAGGAGAAUUCGUGUUGCAAACUGCAGUAAACACAAAUCCUGUUCGGAGUGUUUAACAGCCACAGACCCUCACUGCGGUUGGUGCCAUCCACUACAAAGGUGCACUUUCCAAGGAGAUUGUGUACGUUCAGAGAACUUAGAAAACUGGCUGGAUAUUUCGUCUGGAGUGAAAAAGUGCCCUAAAAUUCAGAUAAUUCGAAGCAGUAAAGACAAGACUACAGUGACUGUGGUGGGAAGCUUCUCUCCAAGACACUCAAAGUGCAUGGUGAAGAACGUGGACUCUAGCAGGGAGCUCUGCCAGAAUAAAAGUCAGCCCAACCGGACCUGCACCUGUAGCAUCCCAACCAGAGCAACCUACAAAGAUGUUUCAGUUGUCAACGUGAUGUUCUCCUUCGGUUCUUGGAAUUUAUCAGACAGAUUCAACUUUACCAACUGCUCAUCAUUAAAAGAAUGCCCAGCAUGCACAGAAACUGGCUGUGCGUGGUGUAAAAGUGCAAGAAGGUGUAUCCACCCCUUCACAGCUUGCGACCCUUCUGAUUACGAGAGAAACCAGGAACAGUGUCCAGUGGCUGUUGAGAAGACAUCAGGAGGAGGAAGACCCAAGGAGAACAAGGGGAACAGAACCAACCAGGCUUUACAGGUCUUCUACAUUAAGUCCAUUGAGCCACAGAAAGUAUCGACAUUAGGGAAAAGCAACGUGAUAGUAACGGGAGCAAACUUUACCCGGGCAUCGAACAUCACAAUGAUCCUGAAAGGAACCAGUACCUGUGAUAAGGAUGUGAUACAGGUUAGCCAUGUGCUAAAUGACACCCACAUGAAAUUCUCUCUUCCAUCAAGCCGGAAAGAAAUGAAGGAUGUGUGUAUCCAGUUUGAUGGUGGGAACUGCUCUUCUGUGGGAUCCUUAUCCUACAUUGCUCUGCCACAUUGUUCCCUUAUAUUUCCUGCUACCACCUGGAUCAGUGGUGGUCAAAAUAUAACCAUGAUGGGCAGAAAUUUUGAUGUAAUUGACAACUUAAUCAUUUCACAUGAAUUAAAAGGAAACAUAAAUGUCUCUGAAUAUUGUGUGGCGACUUACUGCGGGUUUUUAGCCCCCAGUUUAAAGAGUUCAAAAGUGCGCACGAAUGUCACUGUGAAGCUGAGAGUACAAGACACCUACUUGGACUGUGGAACCCUGCAGUAUCGGGAGGACCCCAGAUUCACAGGGUAUCGGGUAGAAUCCGAGGUGGACACAGAACUGGAAGUGAAAAUUCAAAAAGAAAACGACAACUUCAACAUUUCCAAAAAAGACAUUGAAAUUACUCUCUUCCAUGGAGAAAAUGGGCAAUUAAAUUGCAGUUUUGAAAAUAUUACUAGAAAUCAAGAUCUCACCACCAUCCUCUGCAAAAUUAAAGGCAUCAAGACUGCAAGCACCAUUGCCAACUCUUCUAAGAAAGUUCGUGUCAAGCUGGGAAACCUGGAGCUCUACGUCGAGCAGGAGUCAGUUCCUUCCACGUGGUAUUUUCUGAUUGUGCUCCCUGUCUUGCUAGUGAUUGUCAUUUUUGCGGCCGUGGGGGUGACCAGGCACAAAUCGAAGGAGCUGAGUCGCAAACAGAGUCAACAGCUAGAGUUGCUGGAAAGCGAGCUCCGGAAAGAGAUACGUGACGGCUUUGCUGAGCUGCAGAUGGAUAAAUUGGAUGUGGUUGAUAGUUUUGGAACUGUUCCCUUCCUUGACUACAAACAUUUUGCUCUGAGAACUUUCUUCCCUGAGUCAGGUGGCUUCACCCACAUCUUCACUGAAGAUAUGCAUAACAGAGACGCCAAUGACAAGAAUGAAAGUCUCACAGCUUUGGAUGCCCUAAUCUGUAAUAAAAGCUUUCUUGUUACUGUCAUCCACACCCUUGAAAAGCAGAAGAACUUUUCUGUGAAGGACAGGUGUCUGUUCGCCUCCUUCCUCACCAUUGCACUGCAAACCAAGCUGGUCUACCUGACCAGCAUCCUGGAGGUGCUGACCAGGGACUUGAUGGAACAGUGUAGUAACAUGCAGCCUAAACUCAUGCUGAGACGCACGGAGUCCGUGGUCGAAAAACUCCUCACAAACUGGAUGUCCGUCUGCCUUUCUGGUUUUCUCCGGGAGACUGUUGGAGAGCCCUUCUAUUUGCUGGUGACGACUCUGAACCAGAAAAUUAACAAGGGUCCCGUGGAUGUAAUCACUUGCAAAGCUCUGUACACACUUAAUGAAGACUGGCUGCUGUGGCAGGUUCCAGAAUUCAGUACUGUGGCGUUAAACGUCGUCUUUGAAAAAAUCCCGGAAAACGAGAGUGCAGAUGUCUGUCGGAAUAUUUCAGUCAGUGUUCUCGACUGUGACACCAUAGGCCAAGCCAAAGAAAAGAUUUUCCAAGCAUUCUUAAGCAAAAAUGGUUCUCCUUAUGGACUUCAGCUUAAUGAAAUUGGUCUUGAGCUUCAAGUGGGCACACGACAGAAAGAACUUCUGGACAUCGACAGUUCCUCUGUGAUUCUUGAAGAUGGAAUCACCAAGCUAAACACCAUUGGCCACUAUGAGAUAUCGAAUGGAUCCACUAUAAAAGUCUUUAAGAAGAUAGCAAAUUUUACUUCAGAUGUGGAAUACUCAGAUGACCACUGCCAUUUGAUUUUACCAGAUUCGGAAGCAUUCCAAGAUGUGCAAGGAAAGAGACAUCGAGGGAAGCACAAGUUCAAAGUAAAAGAAAUGUAUCUGACAAAGCUGCUGUCGACCAAGGUGGCAAUUCAUUCUGUGCUUGAAAAACUUUUUAGAAGCAUUUGGAGUUUACCCAACAGCAGAGCUCCAUUUGCUAUAAAAUACUUUUUUGACUUUUUGGACGCCCAGGCUGAAAACAAAAAAAUCACAGAUCCUGACGUCGUACAUAUUUGGAAAACAAACAGCCUUCCUCUUCGCUUCUGGGUAAACAUCCUGAAGAACCCUCAGUUUGUCUUUGACAUUAAGAAGACGCCACACAUAGACGGCUGUUUGUCAGUGAUUGCCCAGGCAUUCAUGGAUGCAUUUUCUCUCACAGAGCAGCAACUAGGGAAGGAAGCACCAACUAAUAAGCUUCUCUAUGCCAAGGAUAUCCCAACCUACAAAGAAGAAGUAAAAUCUUAUUACAAAGCAAUCAGGGAUUUGCCUCCAUUGUCAUCCUCAGAAAUGGAAGAAUUUUUAACUCAGGAAUCUAAGAAACACGAAAAUGAAUUUAAUGAAGAAGUGGCCUUGACAGAAAUUUACAAAUACAUCGUAAAAUAUUUUGAUGAGUCAUGCUGGGACAGGCUAUCCAUGUCAAUGGUGAGAAUAGCUCACCAAUUCCAUUUGCUACUUGAAGAUGAAGUGAAGCUCUAAGGUAGGGUAGAGGCAAUGAGUUCUUAAACAUGAUAAGCAUCCCUCGUUCCAGGGGUCAGGGGAGAGAAGGGAAGCACUGGGGAAGGGAGGGGAAGAGGAGGGACUACACUGCCCAGAUGGGAGGGAAGGGAAGGAUCUGUCUCUGACCAGGAUGUCCUUGCCUGCUGCAUUUAAGGAGAAAUACUUGCCUGCAUGUUGGCUGCCCAGGAAUGCUUGCUGUGCUUGGAAUGGCUGUGACAUAAUGCAUAAAAGCAGGGCCUUGGAAGCCUGGCCCCAUAUUUGUAAGCAAAUAGUUGGUAUUUCUUGCGAGCUUCUAUUUUAAGCCAAGGUAUUGUUGAUCCUGUGAUAAGGACUUAGCAGAACAACUUGCAAAGUGAGUAUGUAAAUGAUGGAAGAAAAUGUUGGCAUCUGUUUCAUACAGAUUUUACCACUCAUAGCAUCAGGUAUGCAAAAAACAGAAUUGUAAUGCUAAAACCACAAUAUCUAAAAUAACUGUUCUAAUUGUCAACAGAUUCUAAAUAAACUAGAAAGAGAACGAGGGCUGGAAGAAGCUCAGAAACAACUCUUGCAUGUAAAAGUCUUAUUUGAUGAAAAGAAGAAAUGCAAGUGGAUGUAAGCACUCUGGGGCCUGGCUUAAUCUGGCAAAGUUCUUCAGACGACUUGGGAGCAAAAUGGCUGCUUGAGCUACUCUGUGUCGUUAAUUUCUUGUUUGCACAUAGGUUCCACUUUGAGCACUGUCUUUUUAAGAGACCAAGGCACAUGCACAGCUUUAAAAAAGCAUACCAACCAUUGUGCCUGUGUGUCUACUGUGGGAACCCUUCUGUAAAUAGAGUUGAAGUGGUUGUUGCAAACAGUCUCCUUGUUUACAGAGAAUACAGGGCCAGUAAGCGAAUGUCAGUAUUGUAACUACAGUCUCCACUUAAGCACAAUGAUAUAAGUGGUUUUGUUUGAAAACUACAGCUAUGUAGCACUUGUGCUACACUGUACCUCUGCAUUGUAAAGGGAUACUGCCAGUGCUCAAAACAAAAUGUGAAAUGAGUCAUUUGGAAACAAGGUGGGGGUGUUAGGGCAACCUCGAGGAUUUGCAGCAUUGAAACUUUCCCCAGUAGUUCUUGGAAAAGCCGACCGCAGAAUUUGGUAGUGUACACUUAGCAUUUGUGAGUGUGUGUGUGUGUUUAAACCAAAAACUAACAGUGUUGCAACAUUGUUGAAAGGGCUCGUGUUUUUCAGUGGUCAUCAACUGCACUCCAUCAAACUCACCUCCAUUUCACCAAGGAGCUCUAAAGUAAGGAGAGUGGGCUUUAUCUAAAUGAACAGCAUUUUAACCAGAUACUUUGUCUUAAUGUAUGUUCCUUUUUUUCCCAUCUAUUUUUUCGUACUAAAUGUAUUUGAUAGUGGACAUGUAGAAUAUUUACAAAAAAAUCAUUAAUUCAUUUCUGUUUCAAAACCUUUGAUCAGAACGAUCUGUGGAAGAGUAACUCCAUUUCUAUAUGAGUGUCUCCUUGCUUUAGAUUUCUGGUGAACCCUGUGGUUAUGAAUACUUGUGUGUGAUUUAAAAAAAAAGAUACAUUUUACAUUUCAUCGAAUUGCUGUUCACACUGGAGUAUUAUAUAUAAAUAUAUAUAUUUGAGGCCCAAGGCCUGAAAAGUAUUAGUAUACAACUUGGUAUCUUAGUCUUACUAUGUACUUUUUGAAAGUAUUCCUCGCAGGAGAAAGAAUUUAAAAUACCCAUUUUAUUCAUGCCUUUCUUUUUAAAAAAUUCUCUAUCCAGUUAUACUGUAGUCUUUUUAGUGCUGAUUUUUUAUUCCUGAAUUUUUGCUGCUCAUGACCAGUUUUAAUACCACUGUGUUUUCCUUCUAUUAAACCAGAAGAAGUAAACAGCAUAAUUAGCAACUCUUUUCUUGUGGCAGGCACCUUUUACCCUUGGUGCUCCAAAUCCCCCAUCUAGGAAAGAAAUUUUUUCAAGUCAAAUAACAUUGAUCACAUAUUCCUUGAAAUCAUUUACCAACACUGUAUGGAGCAUUAGGAUUUAAAUAUGAAUUUGUCUUAGAUAAAGGCAAUUCCUUUUUGCUCCUGAAUUAUCUGGAAAAGCAUGAGAGAGGUGACACCUCAACAAACUGAUCAGAGAAAAUAAGCAGUUACUACCCUGAUAGGCACCUUCCCAAUCCUGUUGCUUUUGACCAUUGUCUGUCCAACGGACACACCUCAAACAAACAAAACUACCAAAUAGGUUAUAGAUCAGAAUAAAGGUGAGAGGUCUGGUCCCCAUCUAAGGCUGCUACAGUCUUCAAAGAGGCAAAGGAGUUCAUAAGAGAACAACAGUAGGAGAGUUGAGAGCCAAGGGUAGGAGAGUUGCCCAAAAGACUUCCCCUACUUUAGGGUACUGAAAACGCAAAGGAUCAGCUACAGCUUUAUCUAAGUAUUUACUGAAUGCUACAUGAGGGUGUCCCUGUCCAGCUUUCUGACACAUGAGUCCUGUGUGGAGAGUUACCUCCUCUUCCGGGGACUGUGCUGUUGGGAACUUUGGGCAAGUCACUUACCUCUUUGUGCCUCAAUUUCUGUAUAAUAUUUCUAAGCUACCUCACUGAGGUGGUAUGAAGAUUCACUAAUGUAUGUAGCGUGUUUGUCAAUCCUCCAGUGAAAAGCACUAUCUAGAUCACAUUUUGGAUCACAUUAGCCAAAUGCAGUAAAUGGCCAAAUUAGAUGUGUGCUGAAGACAAUCAGUCACUGGGUCUAUAUUAAACAGCAACCAGAGCAACAAAUGGCAAACAAUUUCUAUUUUCAAGUUUCUUUGCAUAUUUUUUUGGUGCAAAACAGUUCAUUUAUAAACUUUUUUUUCUAACACUAGUGUCUACAGCAGCAUUUUAAAAAUUCUGUUACCUUUUCUGUAUUAGGAUUUAAAGUCUAUUUCUUAUUGUAUACCUGAUUGAAGCUGUUCUUGGAGAUGAAUGUUUUAAUGUCUAUACCCCAAAAAAAUAAACAUUUUGAUGUAACUGUG